AUGUGGCAUCGCCUGGGCUUGCGCAAGUUGCUAGGUCGUGAACAACGCGAUACUUCCUCUUCCUGUUCGCCCUGCCAAUCCCGUCCUCAAUCCUAUCCCGUCCCCGGCGCUUCCUCUCCUGACACUACACCCAAUGGCAGCACCGCCAAUGUCAAACCCCAUGAGAACAUGACUCGCAGAUUGACGCGCCGGGUUGGUGUCGGCCUGCCCCGUGCUACCACCUUCAAACGCCAGGUCUCCGAACAGAGAGAUCGUCUGGAACCCUUCGAGCCGCCCGAACCCCGCCGUGCCGCGUCCGCCGACCGGCGCCGCCCUGUCAGUUCUCAGACCCAGGGGACCAAAAUUCCACAGCCCGCUCCGGGCCCGCGGACGUCCGCCCCCGAAAUGCAAUGGCGCGAGCAAAGCGAAAAACACGGAGAGGGAGAGGACGCAUCAGCAGUGAUAGCAGAAGCCGCAGAGGAAUCCGAAACUACGGCGCCAACAGAAAAAACAACAGAACCGGAGGAAGCAACGGAGCGAACCAUGAGUCGCAUUAUCGAAAUGGAGCUGGAGAAGAGAUGGAUCUUGAACCUGACCAUGCACUUCCGUGACCGCUCGCGGCGCGAGAAACUGUUCGUCACCUAUGCUGAGACCCCUACGCUCUGGCGCCGGGUCACCGUCUCGUGUGACUACCGCAGUCCAGAGCCGGAUUCGCUGGAACAAGAUCUGAGUGAAAUGUGGAAUCAGAAAGAUCGCUGCGCACGCAUUUACGAGUCUCUCCGCGAAUCACUGGCUGAGAUCCAGUUCUACGACACAGUUACGAAUCUGAAGUUGGAGACUCGAGAUGGCCGUCUGCAUGUGCAUGUGACGGAGGACGUGAACGAGACUAUUGCCUAUCCCGCAAUUUUUCACAUUGGGCAUUUGCCAGGGAUCAAGCUUGUGUCUGAGGACCAUUUACAUUUCGUGAGACAUGAAUCUGGAUUUGUCUACCAUGUGGAACUGAACGGUCGAUCCUUUAUAAAGAAGGAAAUCCCCGGCCCCGAUAUGGUCGAUGAGUUUCUCUACGAAAUUAACGCGCUUCACGAACUCCUGGGUGCGCAGAAUGUCAUUCAGCUCGAGGCUAUUGUGAUGGAUGAGGAGCGCCAGGUUAUCAAGGGUCUGUUGAUCGGCUACGCAGACAAGGGAGCUUUGGUUGACAUGCUCUACUACCGCGACGGCAAAAACACCAUCCCGUGGAAGCGACGGGAACGCUGGGCGAAGCAGAUUGUCCAGGGCUUGGCUGAAAUCCACGAAGCCGGCUUCGUGCAAGGUGACUUUACCCUGUCGAACAUCGUGCUUGAUGGCAACGACGACGCAAAGAUCAUUGAUAUCAAUCGCCGCGGUUGCCCUGUCGGCUGGGAGCCGCCGGAGAUUGUGGCUAAGCUUGAAAGCAAGCAGCGGAUCUCCAUGUACAUUGGUGUCAAAACAGAUCUCUUCCAGUUGGGAAUGACCCUGUGGGCCGUCGCAACUGAGAAUGAUGAGCCCGAACGACAAUGCCGUCCAUUGCUCAUCCCCGAGGACAUAGACAUCCCAGACUACUAUCGAAGACUGGUCGCCAUUUGCAUGAGUCCAUACCCUCAGCAAAGACUCUCGGCCAAGGAGCUCUUGACCCUCUUCCCACCCUUUAUACCUCCAACAUCGCACGCAUUGCCGAUGGUGUAUUACCCACCACCGCCCACAGGCAUGGGCGUCGGGCCACGCACCAGCCAUCCUCAUCCCCAUCCUCAUCCUCCUUUGGAGAAUGGGUUUGCUUAUCUUCAUUCGCGGGCUGGUUCCGCCGAGGAGAGCCAGCAACCCCAAUCCCCGGGCCAACAGCACCCACAGGAUGAUGGGUACUCGUCAAUGAGCCGUCAGUCUCAUUCUGACACCGGGCCGCGUCGUGUCAGCUAUAUUCAGUCUGAUGGCGAGAAAACGCGGUCUGUAUCUCCGGAGGCCGUCGAGGAGGAACCGAAGCCCAUCGAGGCUUCCAUGCAGCUUGUUCCUCGGGUAGAUCCGUUGGAUUUCUUGAGGAAACAAGCAGCGAAUACAGAUGCAAAUACGAAUAAUACAAACAACAACAACAACAACAAAAACUAA